GUGACCGGCAGCCGCCGCAGACCCGGCUCGGGGAGGCGCGGAGCGCGGCGCGCUGAACCAGAGAGGCGGGCGGGCUGCUGCCUUGCGUCCGCCACGCUGUCCUCCCUCCUCCGCUCCCUGCGCCCCACCCCUGGCGGCCGCGCUGCCUGGCAGCCCGGGAAGCCGCGGCACAGCUGCUCGGCGCCUGCAGCUCCGGCUCGGGGGCUGGAACCGAAGCGGGGGCGGCGGGAGCGCGGAGACCACAGCCCCCGGGGAGAGGCGGAGGGGGUCCCUGGCCUGGGUGGAGAGGCUGAGCUGAGUGCGCGUGAGAAAGAGGGCUGCACCGUUGCUCGGCGCGGACUCUGCCAGCCCCAGCGCCAGCCCCGGCUCAGGUCGCCGCAGCCCGGGAGCCUCCCCGCUUGCGCCCCAAGGCACGCGUGGCACAGCCAUGAACACCAACGAUGCCAAGGAGUAUCUGGCCCGGAGGGAAAUCCCUCAGCUUUUUGAGAGCCUUUUGAAUGGACUGAUGUGUUCUAAGCCCGAAGAUCCAGUAGAAUACUUGGAAAGUUGUUUACAGAAAGUAAAGGAACUGGGUGGCUGUGACAAGGUGAAAUGGGAUACAUUUGUAAGCCAGGAAAAGAAGACCUUACCUCCACUAAAUGGAGGACAGUCACGGAGAUCCUUUCUAAGAAAUGUAAUGCCUGAAAACUCAAACUUUCCAUAUCGGCGGUAUGACCGACUCCCUCCAAUCCAUCAAUUCUCCAUAGAAAGUGACACGGAUCUCUCUGAGACUGCAGAGUUGAUUGAGGAGUAUGAGGUUUUUGAUCCUACCAGACCUCGACCAAAAAUCAUUCUUGUUAUAGGUGGUCCAGGAAGUGGAAAGGGUACUCAGAGUUUGAAAAUUGCAGAACGAUAUGGAUUCCAAUACAUUUCUGUGGGAGAAUUAUUAAGAAAGAAGAUCCACAGUACCAGCAGCAAUAGGAAGUGGAGUCUUAUUGCCAAAAUAAUUACAACUGGAGAAUUGGCCCCACAGGAAACAACAAUUACAGAGAUAAAACAAAAAUUGAUGCAAAUACCUGAUGAAGAGGGUAUUGUUAUUGAUGGAUUUCCAAGAGAUGUUGCCCAGGCUCUAUCUUUUGAGGAUCAAAUCUGUACCCCCGAUUUGGUGGUAUUCCUGGCUUGUGCUAAUCAGAGACUCAAAGAAAGAUUACUGAAGCGUGCAGAACAGCAGGGCCGACCAGACGACAAUGUAAAAGCUACCCAAAGGAGACUAAUGAACUUCAAGCAGAACGCUGCUCCCUUGGUUAAAUACUUCCAGGAAAAGGGGCUCAUCAUGACAUUUGAUGCCGACCGUGAUGAGGAUGAGGUGUUCUAUGACAUCAGCAUGGCAGUUGACAACAAGUUAUUUCCAAACAAAGAGGCUGCAGCAGGUUCAAGUGACCUUGAUCCUUCGAUGAUAUUGGACACUGGAGAGAUCAUUGAUACAGGAUCUGAUUAUGAAGAUCAGGGUGAUGACCAGUUAAAUGUAUUUGGAGAGGACGCUAUGGGAGGUUUCAUGGAAGAUUUGAGAAAGUGUAAAAUUAUUUUCAUGAUUGGUGGUCCUGGCUCUGGCAAAGGCACACAGUGUGAAAAGCUGGUGGAAAAAUAUGGAUUUACACAUCUCUCAACUGGCGAGCUCCUGCGUGAGGAACUGGCAUCAGAAUCUGAAAGAAGCAAAUUGAUCAGAGACAUUAUGGAACGUGGAGACCUGGUGCCCUCAGGCAUCGUUUUGGAGCUCCUGAAGGAGGCCAUGAUGGCCAGCCUCGGGGACACCAGGGGCUUCCUGAUUGACGGCUAUCCUCGGGAGGUGAAGCAAGGGGAAGAGUUCGGACGCAGGAUUGGAGACCCACACUUGGUGAUCUGUAUGGACUGCUCGGCAGACACCAUGACCAACCGCCUUCUCCAAAGGAGCCAGAGCAGCCUGCCUGUGGACGACACCACCAAGACCAUCGCCAAGCGCCUAGAAGCCUACUACCGAGCAUCCAUCCCCGUGAUCGCCUACUACGAGACAAAAACACAGCUACACAAGAUAAAUGCAGAGGGAACACCAGAGGACGUUUUUCUUCAACUCUGCACAGCUAUUGACUCUAUUUUCUGAAGGCGAAAAUGCAUGUUUGUUAGAAUGGAAACAGAGAAAAACAUUAAAAAGUUCAUUCCUUAACACAA